AAUGCAGCCCCUGGCUACAAAGACUGGAUCUAGUUUCACAGAGAGAGAUUCAGAAGCAGAAUUUUAAAAAAAAGAAGAAGAAAAAAAAAAAAAAGUGGGGGGAGAAGAGAGAGAAAGCAAGAAAAGCAGACGAGUGGAUUUUAAACAAACAUAUCUUUCUGCAGAAGACCAUUCUCUCUCUCCGCUGCUGGGAAAGCUACUCUGAACCCUGCUGUAUAUUUUUUUUUUUUGGAGGGGGGGAGGAAGAAGAAGAAGACUUGAUUGUCUGCUUGGAUCUAAUGAUUUACUGGCUUUCAACUGCGUUUUUCCCCUCUCCUAAGGAUUCCUCAAAAAACGGCUUAAUUAUUUUCAGCUUUUCUCUUCCACCUGCCUGUCUGCAGAGACACCAAAGGUUCUUCCUUCCUUUCCCUCCCCACCCCCAUUUCUUUUAGGGUAUUUUUUUGUCCCCCCCCGUCUCUCUUCGGUAUACACACAGCUACGUCUAAGUGUGUAUGUAUAGAUAUACGUAGAGGCAAGAGUGGAGGGAGCGGAGGGAGAGCGAGCUCUGCCUUUUGGACUUCACGCGCUGCCCAAUGUUGGUCUGGUUACCCCUGGAUAUGUUGCUGCUUUCCAUUUGGAAUUUGACAAAGGGAAGAAGGAGGAUAUAAAACCUGGGGAGCUCCACAAGGUGUUCUUUAUGGCCACAGGAGGGAGCUCAAAUCCAGACAUGGGAGGAUUGGCUUGAUUUCGGAUCCAGAGCCUCUUAAACUCUCACUUUUCCUCUAAGCUGGUCCCUGUUAUGUCCAGGAUCUGGCACCUGCUUGACAUUUACUUUGAGUUCCAGAGGACCAGAGACCUAGGAUGAGGAGCAUUGGAUCUGCCCUGAACCUGCUUUUGGUAUCGCCACUCUACUUUGUGUGGACCGUGGUCGCUCUGGACCUGGCACAAACUCCCUGCACCACUUUGGUCCAGGGGAAAUUCUUUGGGUAUUUCUCCUCCUUCGCCGUCUUCCCGUUGAACUCCUCUCUCUGCUCUUGGAUUAUCCAGAACCCCGACCCUCGGAGGUACACCUUGUACAUGAAGAUCCUCAAACCCACCGGCGUAUGUGACCACCAGCACAUCCGCACCUACCAGUUCGACUCCUUCCUGGAGUCUACCCGCACCUACCUGGGCAUGGAGAGCUUCGACGAUGUGCUGAAGCUCUGUGAUGGGUCCACCCGCUACGCCUUCCUCCAGUCCAACAAACAGUUCCUCCAGAUGAAGCAGACUGCGCCACCAGGGGUGGAGAACGGACCCGUGCGGUGGAAGCCCAUGAAAGCUCAGGAAAGGGACUUCUCGGUGGAAUACCUCGUGGUGGGCAACAGGAACCCUAGCAAAGCCGCGUGCCAGAUGCUCUGCAAGUGGCUGGAUGCGUGCCUGGCCAUCAGCAGCAGCUCCCACCCCUGUGGCAUUAUGCAGACCCCCUGCUCUUGCUCGGGAGGGGAGGUCCUGGAUCAAGCCAGCGAGAUCCUGGGGCUCGCAAAGAAGAAGGAAGAUUGUUACAAGGAUGGGAUUUACUUGGAGAACUGCAUGAGCAGCCCGAAGGACAGCAGCGGAGUGGAGUUCAUGGGUGGUUGGAACUCGUGGUCGGCUUGGGGCGACUGCACCAAGGACUGCGGGGGAGGCCUGCAGACCCGCAUGCGCUCCUGCAAGCCCCUUCCCAACGAAGGCCUUGCCUGCGAGGGAGUCCUGGAGGAAGGACGGCUGUGCAAUAGGAAGGCGUGCAAUACCAAUGGACGCUAUAAUUCCAGAAGCCAAUCGCUGAGGUCCACAGAUAACAGAAAGCGAGAGGACACUGACGAACUGCAGCACUACGGGUACCCUGCACCUCAAAUAGGUGACCCCGCGGCGGAGGAGUGGUCCCCGUGGAGCGUGUGUUCGACCACCUGCGGGGAGGGCUGGCAGACCAGGACCAGGUUCUGCGUGUCGUCUUCCUACAGCACUCAGUGCAGCGGUCCUCUCCGGGAGCAGAGGCAGUGCAACAACUCUGCCGUGUGCCCAGUGCAUGGCACCUGGGACGAGUGGUCUCCGUGGAGCCUGUGCUCUUCCACUUGUGGGAGAGGGUACAGGGACCGGACCCGCACGUGCAAGCCCCCACAGUUUGGUGGGAACCCCUGCGAGGGCCCGGAGAAGCAAACAAAAUUCUGCAACAUCGCACUUUGCCCAGGCCACUCAGUGGACGGCAACUGGAAUGAGUGGUCGAGCUGGAGCUCCUGCUCAGCCUCCUGCUCCAACGGUACCCAACAGCGGACGAGGGAGUGCAAUGGGCCCUCCUACGGGGGAGCCGAAUGCCAAGGACACUGGGUGGAGACCAGGGACUGCUUCCUACGCCAAUGCCCAGUGGAUGGGAAGUGGCAAGCCUGGGGCGUGUGGGGCAGCUGCACCACCACAUGUGGAGGUGGGACCCAACGACGUGACCGGGUGUGCUACGGGCCCUUCUUCGGUGGAGAGUCUUGCCAGGGCCCCAAGGAAGAGUACAAGCAGUGCAAUGACAGGAGGUGUCCUGAACCCCAUGAGAUCUGUGACGAGGAAAGCCUUGCCUCUGUGGUUUGGAAGGAGACGCCCGCGGGGGACGCUGCAGCUGUCCGGUGUCCUCGCAAUGCCACCGGGCUGAUCCUUCGAAGAUGCACUUUAGAUGAAGAAGGGAUAGCUUACUGGGAGCCUCCAACCUAUGUCAAGUGUGUUUCUAUUGAUUACAGGAACAUACAGAUGCUGACCAGGGAACAUCUUUCCAAAGCUCAGCGUGGGCUGAUGGUAGACGGGCUGUCAGAAGUGAUCCAAAACCUUGUGGAAAUCUCCCAGGAUGGGACCAGCUACAGUGGGGACUUGCUGUCCACCAUUGAUGUACUCAGGAACAUGACAGAGAUCUUCCGUAGGGCUUAUCACAGCCCGACUUCUGGGGAUGUUCAGAACUUCGUCCAGAUCAUCAGCAACCUUUUAUCAGAGGAAAACCGAGAGAAAUGGGAAGAAGCUCAGCUGAUAGGGCCAAAUGCCAAGGAGCUGUUCAGGCUGGUGGAGGAUUUCAUUGAUGUCAUCGGCUUCCGCAUGAAAGAUUUCCGGGACUCCUACCAAGUGACCGACAACCUGGUCCUCGGCAUUCACAAGCUGCCCGCUAAUGCAGCAACUGACAUCACCUUCCCCAUGAAAGGCUGGAGGGGCAUGGUGGACUGGGCCAAGAAUUCGGAGGACAAGGUCACUGUCUCCAAGAGCAUCCUGUCUUCAGGGCUGGCAGAGGCAGACGACUCUUCUGUCUUCGUGGUGGGGACUGUGCUGUACCGGAAUGUGGGCAACAUCCUCUCACUCCAGAGGAACAGCACUGUUCUAAACUCCAAGGUCAUCUCUGUGACUGUGAAGCCAUUUCCCCGGUCUCUCCUCACCCCCUUGGAAAUUGAAUUCUCCCACCUGUACAAUGGAACCACCAACCAGACCUGCAUCCUGUGGGACGAAAAUGAAGGAGCCUCCGCCUCCGCCUCCCCGCCCGGCGCCUGGUCCUGGCGCGGCUGCCGAACGGUCCCGCUCGACGCCUCCCGGACCAAAUGCCUGUGUGACAGGCUCGCCGCCUUCGCCAUCUUAGCCCAGCUCAACCCCGACAUGAACAUGGAAAAGGUGCUGGUCCCUUCUGUCACGUUAAUUGUAGGCUGUGGAGUAUCUUCGCUGACACUUUUGCUGUUGAUUAUCAUUUAUGUCUCUGUUUGGAGGUACAUCCGCUCAGAGCGCUCCGUCAUUCUCAUCAACUUCUGCCUCUCCAUCAUCUCCUCCAACGCUCUCAUCCUGAUCGGACAGACCCAGACCCGGAACAAGGUGAUAUGCACGCUGGUGGCGGCUUUCUUGCACUUCUUCUUCCUCUCCUCUUUCUGCUGGGUGCUGACCGAGGCCUGGCAGUCCUACAUGGCCGUGACGGGCCGGUUACGGAACCGCAUCAUCCGCAAGCGCUUCUUGUGCCUCGGAUGGGGGCUCCCCGCCUUGGUGGUUGCCAUUUCCGUGGGGUUUACAAAAGCCAAGGGGUACGGCACCGCAAACUACUGCUGGCUGUCAUUAGAGGGAGGUCUUCUCUACGCCUUCGUGGGACCAGCAGCCGCUGUCGUUUUGGUGAACAUGGUUAUUGGCAUUCUGGUUUUUAACAAACUUGUAUCCAAAGAUGGAAUAACAGAUAAGAAACUGAAGGAACGGGCAGGGGCAUCCCUUUGGAGCUCCUGCGUGGUCCUGCCUCUCCUGGCUCUCACCUGGAUGUCUGCAGUUCUGGCAAUCACAGAUCGGCGAUCGGCGCUCUUCCAGAUCCUUUUUGCUGUCUUUGACUCAUUGGAGGGCUUUGUCAUCGUGAUGGUUCAUUGUAUCCUUAGGAGAGAGGUCCAGGAUGCUGUGAAGUGCCGAGUCGUAGAUCGUCAGGAAGAGGGCAAUGGAGACUCUGGGGGUUCAUUUCAGAACGGACACGCUCAACUAAUGACCGAUUUUGAGAAGGACGUGGAUAUGGCUUGUAGAUCAGUGCUGAAUAAAGACAUCACCGCCUGCAGGACCUCAACCAUCACAGGAACGCUGAAACGCCCAUCACUACAGGAUGAGGAGAAAUUGAAACUCAAUCACCAGAAGGGGUCCUCAAACUUUAACAGUCUUCCAGCCAACGUCUCCAAGAUGCAUCUGCAGGGUUCCCCGCACUACCUGGGGGCCAUCAACCUGAACGAGUUCAGCAAUCACAGUCUCACGCUGAAGAAGGACAAGAACCAGCCGCCCAAAUCCAUCUACAUCUGUGAUGGGGACAUCUUCAAGAAGUUGGACUCAGAACUCUCCCGGGCCCAAGAACAAACGCUGGACACCAGCUAUGUCAUUCUGCCUACCAACACGUCUACCUUACGGGCCAAACCACCCAAGGACGAGAGCAAAUACAGCAUCAAUAUUGACCAGAUGCCCCAGACAAGGCUGAUCCACCUCAGUAUGGCUACUGACCCAGGCUUUGUCGUCAAGAGUCCUCCACGGGAGCCUGUGACCAUGACUUGCAGUGAGGUGCAGGGUUCCUCCAUGAUACAACAGCAGCAGCAGCUGCCCCCACAGAAUAUCUCCAAUGAGUCACAGAUUCCCAACAGCCUGUGUGACACAGGAGACUCAGGGAACUCAGGUGUGGUGUCCAAGAGUGAGACCGUCUCCACCCUCUCCAUGAGCUCCUUGGAGAGACGGAAAUCCCGGUAUGCAGAGCUAGAUUUUGAGAAAAUCAUGCACACAAGAAAACGUCACCAAGACAUGUUCCAAGACCUGAACAGAAAACUCCAGCACGCAGAGAAGGAGAAGGAGUCUCCAACAACGGACAGCAAGCAAGAAAAACAGCAGACACCAAACAAGAGACCCUGGGAAGGAAUCAGGAAAGUCCAGUCCCCACCGUCAUGGGUUAAAAAGGACAUCGAACCUGUGGCACAGUCUCCCUUAGAACUAAAAACUGUAGAGUGGGAGAAAACAGGGGCCACCAUCCCUCUGGUGGGACAAGACAUUAUUGACCUUCAGACGGAGGUCUGAGCGGAAAGGGAAGAAAGGGACUUUUUUUUUUUCCGGAAAACAAACGAAACAAACAAACAAAACCACGUUUUAAAGAAAUGAUUAAAUUAAAUCGGAACCGAGCGAGAGAAGUGUUUGGUUUCUUUUGAAACCUUUGGUAAGACGGAGUAACUUUUGUAUUGUUCUCAGCAGAGAGGGGAAAUAUUACUUUAUAGAGUAUAGUAGCUGUAGGUUCAGGACAACACGAGCUUUCCCAGGUAGGACUGGAGAAGAAGUGAGCCUGGAAGAAAGCGAGGAGGAGGCAGAGGGUGGGGAGGAGCUGCUGGGGAAGAGCCCUGUGGAUGCUUUCGGGCCGCUGCCACACGCCGGGAGCCUUCCUGCUUUGCCACCAGGAGGUGCAGAAGGACAGCCAGCAGCCACCACAAAGGGCCAAGAAGAUCGAGGUUGUUUGGGGAGCGCAAGAGGUGACGCCAGCGGUGCGGUCCGGCUGGAGGUCCUGGAGGAGAACUCAGCUUUGAGGGGUUGUGGCAUCCCUUGCCAGUCCUCACUCCCCACCUCUCCCUCACCAGCUUGUCUGAGAAAGAAGGAGCCGGGAUGUGCCCAGCGGUGGCCGAGAAGACGCCCCCACUUCUCCGUGCCACCCCACGACCUGGCAUCUCCGCCGCAGGUCCGUACGGGGACCAGGGGGGACAUGGUGGGCGAGAGUCACGUCACCCAUGGCUCAGGUGGAGAGGUAAGGUGGGGCUUUCUCCUCUCAACCCCCCCGUGGUGGAGCUCCUGUGUGCCCCGAGGAGUGGGCCAAGCACAGGAGGAAGGAACCACCUCCAAAACCUGCUCGCCCCAUCUCCAGGGAGAGGGUUGAAGGUGUUAGAAAAAAGAGACCACCAAGACGAAUGUAGGUCAUUUCAUUGACUGUUACAUAGAUAAACUCAGCACAGGCCUUGCAAAGGUCUGCUUGGCCUCAUCCUUUUUUUUUUUUUUUUUUUCUGUUACUUUUCCUUGCUUUCGGACUCAGAUUUGUUCCAAGCUGCCCCUCCCUGGAAGGCAGAGAGAGAAAGAGGGAAAGACAGAUCCACCGAUGUACCUGGAGAUAUUUGGUAUACAGAGAUGUUGCCUUAGGACAUUGAGACAAACUGACAACAUGAAUAACGUCCACUUGGAAACAAACAAACAAAAAAAAUAAUCUAUUUUUUUCCUUCUUCUUUUCUUUUCUUCAAUAAAAAGAGAACUUGAAACCCGAGACCUUUCUUUUCUUUGGCUCUUGUCGUUUCGAAUGCCUUUCCGUGCCGUAGGACCGCGCAGGCAUGGGGUGAGGAUGCCACCUGCUGAAGGUGGAAGGCAACUUGCUCCGUGGAAAGUUUGGGAUGGUGGGAAUACACGGCCCCCUUUGCCUCUCGCUUGCAAUGUUUUGCUUUGCUUUAUUCAUUUUGGGCUUCAGUUCUUGUCCCCUCGCUGGCUCAUCUUCUCCCUCCCGACUGCCCAGAGCCAGCGGGCAGGUUUGUGGUCCUACAAGAAGGAAAAGGCGGAGUGGUCAGGAGCGUGGGGCAUUCCUCAUCAUAAAAUGCUCUGUUUAUUUCAUCAUGAAAAAAAUAACAAUAUAUUUUUUUUUUCAUUAGACAUUCGUCAAGGUGAUCUACAAAAAAUGCUAUCUACAUUUCACCCCAAAAAAGUGUUGUGCAAUAUUUUUAUCAUUAAAAAAAUAUACCACUGGCAUUCCAUGCAGCCUUUUAUUUCAUGUAUUAUUAUUUUUUUUAAUCAUUCCCAACAGUGUCUGACAUUUGGGACAACUUUCCCAGCUUUGGAGAUGUGCAGUGCCAAACCUCUGUCUGUGAGUGGCCGGAUUCUGCCAGACAGCAGUAAAGCUUGAUAAGGGUCUGAGUUAUUACUUAAUGUCUGGGUUUCCUUUUUUUUUUUUUUUUUUUUAAUUAUUAUUAUUUUAACGUUUUUAGGAAAAAGCUAUGAACCCAAGAGGUAAAACAGUCACUGCCCCCAGUUGUGCUUCUCCCACUGAGAGGUGUUGCUGGACAUGCAAACAUCUCUGUGCCAGCUUUCCGUUGGGCCACCUGGGUUGUUGGUCUCUAAGGACAGUGGCAUUUACCUUGCCAUUAAGUGUGUAAUAUGACGGAUGGAAAGAAAAACUUGAAAAUCCAAACAGGUUAAUAAUAGGAAAAUGAUUACUUAUAAAAACUGUGAUAUUAUUGUCCAAUUUUAGAUUAUUCUAUGAAACAGGAAAGCACAAAGGCCUCCCUCAGAUGCCGGGUUGUAUGAUAUUGUAAUUAUUAUAAUUACAAAUAAUGAAUUUUAGCAAACAGAUAUCUUUAUACUGUGUUUUAAAUAUUUUUUUCUUUUUUUUUUUUCUCCUCUCCCUGCCUACCUGAACCUGCCCUCUCCUCCCCAACCUUUCCCAUUCACCCAUUCACUCUGGCCUACUUGCAGGACAUUAACGGUGUUAUGUAAUUACAGAGAUAAAUGUUUGUUUAAUAACUGUUGAUAUUCGACUUUCUCUGCUCAGUUCCUUCGGUUAAUUCUGUUUUUCCUCACCCUACCCGCCCCAUGCCAUGCCAUCCCUUCCUUCCCUCCUCUCUAUGUUCGUCAGUUUUUUUUUUUCUGUACAGUUUUCAGAGCACAAAAUGAAUGUGUCUUAUUUCUAAUAAAAGAGGUGGAAACUCUA